AUGGGCGAUCCUUUCCACAAAGCAACCACAUAUCCGAACUCCCUUAUCUGCCCCGAGUGUCUUCUUAUGGAUAAUGACUUCCGCAUCAUGAAGAUGGGAGGCCAGGUUAAGUAUUCCAAUAAUCGACAGCGAUGGGAAGCCGAGCGGCUGGACCUCGAGGACAAAAAGAAUCAGGCGCGCGCUAUUGUUCUCUCUACCGUAGAGACAAAAGCAUUCGCUAACUUAAGGGAUGACAAUAUGUUUUUCCCAAAACAGAUGACAUAUUAUGAUGCUCUCCCGGAAAAGCGGAAGCCUCUCACAAUGCCUCGGGGAUGGAUAAAGAAUGUCCUCGGCCAGAAAGGAGAGAUGAACACCUUUGGCUUUAUGUUCUAA